GUCGUCUUCCUCCUCUCCUCUGUUUCUUUUUCCUUUUGCCUCCUCCUCCUCCUCCAGUCCCCUCAUCCCCCAACUUGCAGCACCAUCUCCAGCCCAGCCCGCUGGCUGAAACCCUAUAAAAGGCGUCCGAGUCCCACUCCCCGUCUUCCCCAACUCCGUCGUCUCUCCCUUUUGCUUCGACCUCGACGAUCUCCUCCUCCGCCUCCUCCUCCACAUCCACCACCACUCAACGCGCUCCUUCUUUCUUGGCGUAGUAUAUGAUGGAGAUGGUGCUUCAGCAGAGUCAGAGUGCCGGCGGCGGCGCAGGCAUGUUCCCUGGAGUGGCGGCGGCGGCGUGCCGACGGGGGCCGAGCAGGCCGGCCGCCACGGCGCCGAUGAUGGCGAAGCAGGAGCAGGUGGUGGCUGACGAACAGGACCAGCAGCAGGCGGCCGGCGAGGAGGAGGGCGCCGGGGACGAGCUCCGGCGCGGGCCGUGGACGGUGGACGAGGACCUCACGCUCAUCAACUACAUCGCCGACCACGGCGAAGGCCGCUGGAACGCGCUCGCGCGCGCCGCCGGGCUGAAGCGGACGGGGAAGAGCUGCCGUCUGCGGUGGCUCAACUACCUGCGGCCGGACGUGAAGCGCGGCGACUUCACCGCCGACGAGCAGCUCCUCAUCCUCGACCUCCACUCCCGAUGGGGCAACCGGUGGUCCAAGAUCGCGGCGCACCUGCCAGGUCGGACGGACAACGAGAUCAAGAACUACUGGCGGACGCGGGUGCAGAAGCACGCCAAGCAGCUCAACUGCGACGUCAACAGCAAGCGCUUCAAGGACGCCAUGCGCUUCCUCUGGAUGCCGCGACUCGCCGAGCGCGCCACCGCCGCCGCACACCACCACCCGCCGUCGCCGUCGUUGACCACCUGCGUGCUGGGCGGCGGCAUGGCGGCCUCCUCCUCCUCCUCCGCGCUCAUGAAGAUGCUGGACGACGCCACCGUCAGCAACCGCAGCAGCUGCUCCCCCAGCAGCGCCGUCACCUGCAGCAGCUCCUCCUGCAGCUCGCUCACGUCCGUCGACACCGCGCACGACGACGGCGGCGCCCGGCCGCACGCCGCAUCCGCCGCCGUCGCGUUCACCGCAGCUGACGACGACGACUACUGGGGCGCCGCCACGGCCACGACGACGACGAUGCAGCAGCAGCAGCAGCAGAACGACCAGCACUACGACUUCUGGUCCACGGCGUCCGCGCUGCAGCACCUCUGCACCGCCGCCGACCACGACAUCACCGGCUGGGUGCAGGGCUUCUCCGACGGCGGCAUCCUGUCCGGCUCCUCGUCGUUCUGGAGCCUCGACGACAUCUGGAGGAUGCCGCAGUGAUUACUAUACUUGCAAGAAGGGAUCCAACUGUUGUUGCUAGCUAUGUUUACGUCAUUUUUGCGUGCAUUUGGAUCAAAAUGGUCAGUCGCAUAUACGUAUUCAAAUUCAAAUUGAGGGUACGGUACAGUACGGUGUAUUUGUGAUCGGACGUACGAUACAGGGGAGGCGAGACCAAAAGCCAAACGUGCUCUUCAAUUUAUUUUUCGUGUUCAAUUAUUAGCUCUGACUUUAUCAUAUAUAAGUAGUACUAGGCUACUAGCUGGUAGAGUAGAGCUACAUGCUAUAUUAGUUUAUAUAUUUAUAUAUAUGCACACUGUGAAAGUUAGAUUUUUUUUUCUUCUUCUUUCAUCAGUAGUUAACUUUGUUUGUGUGUGUGUUUUUUUGGAGGGGGAACUAGCUACUCCGUUCCUUCCCUCUGGAGGGUUUUUCUUUUCUUUUUCCCUUAUUGUAUUGUAUACAUAUGUGUGUAUUAUAUGUUCAAAGAGUGAGAGAUGGAGGACAAAAAAUUGUUAAACUGUAUGAUA